AUGGUCUUGAAUCAGCCUUUUACCGGAUUCUCAGACCCUCCAUCGCCCGUCGAUGAGGAAACGCACAUCCCGGAUGCCGAUGGAGAUACUGUGGUGGAAGCGCAACAGCAACAACCAGGCAAUGCUUCCGGUUACUCCAGAGUUAACAAUGGCGACGAUGCAUCGAUAUUCACGACGUUUACGGUUCAGCCACCGCCCAGUCUCGGCCGGAGAUCAAUUUUCAGCGAGCAUUUACAUGAAGACGACGAGGUUUACGAUCCAAAAAAUAAGGAACCAAAGGAUGAACCGUCACGACCGCUGCGAUAUAACUGGAGACCAUUCUUCCUGUUGCUCUUCUACAUUCCGGUGCUUGUAAUCCCAUGGGUCUUGACGUGCAUACUGGCAUACCACCCGCUCAACGCCUCGUCUUACUACAUUCAGGCAGGAGGGCUCUCACCUGAUCAGGUUUCUUCUGUGUCGUCUACGAUCAUCGCCAUCCGAGUGCUCAAUUCUGUUGCAAGUGUGGCAACAAUCCCGGUGAUUGGAGCUGUCCUGGCACAGGCCGCCGUCGUGUACACGCAAAAAAGGAAGAGCGACCAAUCGCUCACCCUGAGGCAAACGCUUGCGCUCGCGGAUCGGGGAUGGGGAGACAUUGGUGUCCUUUGGGAUGCCCUGCGAGGUGAUCGUGGACGCGCAGGCGCGGCUAGCCUCUUCUUGUGGUUCGCGGCUCUCCUGAUCGUGAUAGGUGCCGUUCAACAGCCACUGCAACAACUUCUGGUCAGAUUUGACGACACACUCGUCCUGACAUCUCAAGACAAUUCGACCUCUAACCACAUCUCUGGCUACGACCCGGAACCUAGCGACCUAGAAAAGAUGCCUCAAGGCCUUGGAGUAUCAGAGGUCGCGGCAUCUCUCGGCACGGCGUCCGACCAGGAAAUCUUUUCCCAGAUAUGGCCUGAGUAUACCGGCGCGGACAAUGCAACCGCAGUAAAAUCGGCAGAUAGCCAAACUUUCCGGUGGUACAGUCAUGAUAACCAGACGGCUGGUCUUAACCGAACCUACUUUGUCUCUGCUCUGCCAAACGGGACAACGACCGGAGUCCUCCGUCAACACGCAAUGAGAUUCAACUCUUCAGUCAAAUGCGAGCACGUAUCUGGCAUCCCGUCGCCCUGUUCCGGAUCCAGGCCCUUUGAGGCUUCACUGUCAAUGCCAGGGGUGUUGAACAUAUCUCUCUGUGCUCCCGGAGCAUAUGGCGAAUCCCCUUGGAAUUUAAGCCGGAAUCGUCAAGACAUCACUGAACAUUUAUAUCUGGAUGUUUACGUUCCCUGUUCUAAAGACAUCAUCCAAAACAGAAACCAGGCGGCCAAUUUUACGCUUCGCUGCACGAGCAAUACCACCAGAGGAUAUUUUGAGCUCGGCAACUACAGAAAUAACUACACUCAUGGCCCACUCUUGGAGACCUGGCCUACCCCCGAGAACAUGUCCAAAAAUUACAACGAUAAAUUAAGGGGUACGCUUGGAGACCGGCCUACAGAGCUGGACCACGGCCGCUACAACAGAACAGGCUGGGACGUCGAUUCUCUCCCCGAUCCCUUCGGCACACGCAACCUCAACAUGUCAGGCCCACUCAUGACCUCCGCGCUCGCCAUGUUCGGGAACCAAUCCUUCUUCCACCUCGCCGCGAACCACACAAACGCGACCUCCAUCCGCACCAAAACCGAGAUCUGCAAGUACUACAGCCUGCCGCUGGCACGGCUGCUUCCGCAGUGGCACGACGACUUCCAACACUUCUGCGGGGACGCCGACUCGGAAAAACAGCCGCGCGGCGCGCUAGCGCAGCUCGUGAACGGCUGGGUCUUCAACUUCAACGACACCGACGGCGCAGAGCAGGCGUUCGAAGCGGGGAUGUUCUUCGCGACGAAGGCGCUGCUGACGCAAACGGUGGAUGCGACGCGGGCGUGGGGCGCGCGUGAGAUCCAGUCCGCUCCGGGGGCGAUGGUCAUCAAGCCAAACGUAUCGCUGGCCGUUAUCAUCGUCAUCAGCAUCAUAAUCUUCCUGCAGAUCUGCGGGCUGGCGUACGCCGUUUGGUAUAUUUAUCAGGUGCGGACGUGGACAGUGACGCUCAAUGGCACUGCUAUGGCGCGCGUUGGGGCUGGGAUGGACAAGUCGGAGAUGCCACCUAUGGGGAUGCUGAUGCGCAAGGACCUGGACACGCUUAAUGAUGUUGAUGGGUUGGUUGGGGUUGUGGAGAGGCGAGCUGAUAGUGGGGGUGAUCCUCCGUUAAAACUUGGGGCGCCGGGCGUUAUAAGUAAGAAGACAUGA